GCGAGGCGAAGCCCGCGACGAGAGGCUCGGGCACAACCGAGCAGCCAAGGGCGCCCGGGAGUUAGCCGGGUGGAGUUACAGGUGGACCGCAGCAGCGGCGGCUGGCGACGAGCGGCAGGGGGCCGGCCUCAAGCCGCCCACCUUCGACGGACUCGAAGAGCACUGGAAGGAUUGGCCCUUCGCGAUGAGAGCCUUCUUCGGGGGGCAGGCGCGCGUGUCUCAGCGCCUGAUGGGGGCAGCUGAGGCGAAGUCUUUGACGCAGGGCGCCCGCCUCCUGGAGGCGCCCGAGAUCAUCGGAGCGAUGCCCCAGGCGGCGCCGGGCGCGGUCGCGUCCAUCGCGCGGCAGGCGACGAUCCCCGAGCCCGGCCGGGAGCCAGGCUGCGUCUUCGAGGUGGCGGAAAGGCGACUUCACAUGGGGGGCAUCGAGCACCUCGAGAAGAUCGGUGUCGACGGCAAGCGGGUCGCGAUGCAGAUUCCGAUCGUCGAGGCGCUCGGACUGGCGUCGCUGAUGAGCGAGUGUCACGAGAACGCGGCGCUUGUCCUGGCAAUCGACAGCAGCGGCGCGCUGCACAUCGCGAAGAAAUGA